CACUUGUCUUAUCAAUUAUAAUUUUUAAAAUAAACGUGUUAUAAAUAGUGAGGUACCUGUAGCAUUGUCUAUAAUGAGUAAAAUGAUUGGCCUCAGAAAAUUAGAAUUACCAAAUAUAGUAUCAUUGGUUUACGUUCGUUUGCAUUUUUAUCUUAACUAAACGAUAUCAAAGUAUGCAGAUAGGUUAGCAAGGUCGCUUGGUCUAAAUCAUUUCGUCGGGAUUCACUUGUUCAAUUUUCUGUGUUUGUCCAGCUAUUUGCUGCAAUGUCAGCGACGCUGUUCGCGGUGCCGGCGCUGCUGCUGCGGCUGCCACCAGCCACCAUGUUGUUCUACAGCGUUGCUGCCGUCACUUCUGCACUACAGUUCAUCAGUGGCUGUGCCAUGGUCUGCGGACUGUUCCAAAAGCGUCCCAGCCUCAUGCAGCCAUGGCUGCUCCUCACGUGGACAGUAUGCGGCAGCCUGCUCCUGCUGUCCAGCGCGGGGACGGUCAUGAUGUACGUCAGCGGUGACGUCCGAGAGAGUUACGUCACCUCUAUCUAUUCCCUUUAUUCCAUGAUUCUCCUGUACUUGGCAAUAGUAAUCCGAAGUCGGCGGGAGGAACUGCUGGAUGAAAUAAAGUGGGACUCGGGGAAGCGGCUCAUGAGGCCUGCUGCAAUCGAGAAGAAUCUCUACGUGUAGGGGCUGAAGGUUCCAAUUCUUUGGGAAUCAUCGAAGCUGGCUAGGAUUCACUUCUUUCAGUCAUUGGUCGAUCAAGACUAUGUACUUAUAGGCUGAAGGAGAAAUUUGGGAUGAAUAGAAAUCGAGGUGGUAAUACCUAUAAGAUAGAUUAAUAUAAAAGCUUUGUUAAAAUUGUUUGAAUAUAUUUUAUUGCUUUUG